CGUAACAAGCCUUUAGCACGCAGCAGUUCGUCACAGUUUCUUGACAGGAGGCACUGGCGCAGGGGCAGUUAGACCAGACGGCCACCAUGGUGCUGAACCCUGUCAUCUCCAAGCUCGCUGGUAAACUGGUGGUGCUGGCGAGUGCUUCUCCCAGGAGACUGGAGAUUCUCAGCAAUGCGGGCUUACGGUUUGAGGUGGUACCAUCCUGGUUCAAAGAAACACUUGAUAAGAGACUUUUCAAGGCACCUUAUGAGUAUGCUGUUGAGACGGCCAAACAGAAGGCCCUGGAGGUGGCCAGGAGGAUGCCCUUUAAACACCUGAAGACUCCAGACAUAGUAAUCGGAGCAGACACUAUAGUGACUGUUGAUGGCAUGAUUCUAGAGAAGCCUGUGGAUAAAGAAGAUGCUUACAGGAUGCUAUCAAGCUUGAGCGGUAAAGAGCACAGCGUCUUCACGGGUGUAGCUAUUGUCCUCUGCCAUGAGAAAGGGAGUAAGUCACAACUGAACACUGAUUAGAUUUACAGUCUGUUUUCUUUAGAAA